CGAGGAGGACGUCGUCAACUGUCGAAUAUCCAAACCCGGUCAAAGUUGUGUGGCUCUCACUGGGUGUCCUUGGCCUACACCUGGACGCACGCACACCGCGAUCCCAUGGCGGUCUCAGCAUCCACAAAGCGCGCUAUUCUAGAUGUUGCGCUGUUCGUGGCUUCUCAAGCAGCUCUAUACUAUACCAUACGAUGGGUGAUGGACGGUACAAUAUCCGGAGACAGGAAGGAAGUGAAGGCAAAGAGUCUCAAAGCACUGGAAAAGCUAGGGCAUAGAGACUUGAAGUUGGACGAAUACGAGAAACAAAUAGCAUCGGAGGUCAUUCACCCUGACGAUAUCGAUGUUCGCUUCUCAGACAUCGGAGGGCUGGAACCCAUCAUAUCCUCUCUUCGCGAAUCCGUCAUCUACCCCCUUGUCUUCCCUCACCUCUUCAGUUCUUCUUCCCUCCUUGGCGCGCCAAAGGGCGUCCUCCUGUUCGGACCACCAGGAUGCGGCAAGACCAUGCUCGCGAAGGCACUCGCCAAAGAGUCUGGCGCGACAUUCAUCAACAUCGUCGCAUCCGUGCUGACAAAUAAGUGGUACGGCGAGUCAAAUAAGCUCGUCGCGGCACUCUUCUCGCUUGCGCGGAAGACACAGCCGAGCAUCGUCUUCAUUGACGAGAUCGACUCGUUCCUGCGAGAGCGCACGAAAGGUGACCACGAAGUCACCGGCAUGAUGAAAGCCGAAUUCAUGACGCUGUGGGACGGCCUGAUGUCAAGCACAGACCGGAUAUUGGUCCUAGGCGCCACGAACCGACCAAACGACAUCGACUCGGCCAUCCUUCGACGCAUGCCGAAGCGCUUCUCAGUCGGCCUCCCCGACCUCGAGCAGCGCGAGAAGAUCCUCAAUCUUAUGCUGCAAGACACGGAGCUCGCGGAGGACUUCUCCAUGCACAAGCUCGCGGAGGAGACGGACGGCCUGUCGGGCUCCGACCUGAAGGAGCUCUGCCGCAGCGCUGCCAUGCGCUCGAUGCGCGAGUUCAUCCGCGAGGCGGGCGAUGACCACGAGCGGCUCUCGCGCAGCCAGGACGAGGGGUUCAAAUUGCGCCCGCUGACGCCGGACGACUUCUUCGCCCCCGACGAGACAAGUGCACUUCCCCCGGUAAAUCCGUUCGAUGGUGUAUCAUAAUGCUUACAUAGGUGCGGCAACUCCGAGGUCUCGCGUCUGGAUUAUAGACUUAGUUGGUACGUAGCGGAGCGUACCUCUAAUAAUACAUGGUAUUAUUGUUGUGUUUACCCAUUACCUCAUGCGUCGCCGUGCUGAGUGAUCGCACAAUAAGGCAUCGUGCGCAACCAUGCCAGG